AUGGGCUUUUCACUUAGAAGGGUGCGUCGGUUUGCCGUCUUCUUAUCUGGGCGGGUUCGGCGAUUAUCGGGAAAGACUCGUUGUUCGGUUUGCAUGAAAUAUUACAAGUCCCAUAAUCUAAAGGUCCUCCCUCACUGUGCCCAUAAUUACUGCCGAGAUUGCCUCCGUCGGACCUUCUCGCGCCUUCUAUCCGAUAGCGGCGAGAGCACCGUUCCUCCUCGCUGUUGCGGGCACGAAAUUACUCUCGCAAUCACUGGGGACUUCCUUGACGGAGUUGAGAGCCCCACCGACACUAAAGGACUCAAAGAACAGUAUCUACAGGUCCUUGAAAGGCGUACAAACGACCCUAUAUUCUGCUCGAGGGGGUGUAUCAAAGACGGAGACGCGGAGGUGGGUGCCGGUCUUGAUACGAAGUGGUUUAUUACGCCAGAGGAGAUCAAGGAGGAAGAAGACUUGGCAAUAUGUGGAAAAUGUAAAGGAGCAGGGAUGUUGGCUGUGCACACGUCGUUUGCAGGUGUGGGAACGACGUUUGGCUCGCAUUUUAGCCCUUCAACCUUCAACAAUGAUACUAAUGGAAUCUAUUACUGCGCUAUUGGGCUGGCGGGUACUUCAUUUUGUCUACCUACGCAGGCGUUAAAAGCUUCUUUUAUAGUUCCCUCUCUCUUUUAUAUUCGAUAUUUUAGUGAAAAAGAACUAAAAUUGCCAAACGCUGAAGGGCUUACUCCAUGA